CCCAAUCCUAGCUAGUUCACUCUCACAAACCAAACUCCACCACCAUUGGCCAUGACCACAGCCUCCUCUACUCUCUCUUCCCUCUCCUCCCUCUCCCUCCACGCCUCUCCACGCCUCUCUCUCCUCCCUUUCACCUCCGCAAACACUUCAUCCCUAGCCAAACUCAAGUCACCCAUCUCUCUUUUCAUCUCUUCCUCUCCACGCCUCACCUCUAUUACAUGCAAUAAUGCCGAACUGCCCGAGGUAGAGACCACCUUCUUCGACAACGACGACCCCGAGUACGAGGCCGUCUUCGAGCCCCCUGAGGCCCCGGAAGGCUUCGUCCCCCCGCCCUCCUUCGACGACGAGUCGUCGGAGACGGAGGAUGAAAUAGCCGCGGCCUACGAGGAGCUCUACGGCCCGGCCUAUAGCGGCAUCACCGUUCUCGGGAACGACAUCCAUGUGAUGGACUCCAAGGUGAAGAAGCUGGGAGCUUUUGGGAAGCUGAAGAAGGAGAAGAUCAGAGAUGGGUUUGAGGAGAGAGUGGUUCAGGUGAGGAGGGUCACCAAGGUUGUGAAAGGAGGGAAGCAGUUGCAUUUUAGGGCUAUAGUGGUGGUGGGUGACAAGCAAGGCAAUGUGGGUGUUGGUGUUGGCAAGGCCAAGGAGGUCGUUGGAGCGGUUCAGAAGUCUGCUGUCAAUGCUAGGAGGAACAUCAUCACUGUGCCCAUGACUAAGUACUUAACAUUUCCUCACAGAUCUGAGGGAGAUUAUGGAGCAGCCAAAGUGAUGCUUAGACCUGCUUCUCCUGGUACUGGAGUUAUUGCUGGAGGGUCCGUGAGAAUUGUUCUAGAAAUGGCAGGUGUUGAGAAUGCUCUAGGAAAGCAACUUGGAAGUAAGAACGCUCUCAACAAUGCCAGAGCCACCGUAGUUGCAGUACAGAAGAUGAGACAGUUCCGUGAAGUCGCACUUGACCGUGGGAUUCCAAUGGAAGAGCUCUGGAAAUGAUAUAGUAGCAAAACCUGUAUUGCAUUGUAGAUUUAUAUUUCACUUCGGAAUUCUUGUAGUGCAGGCUUCUGGUCUUGUAAGAGUAGCCCCUCCCUCUUUUGUUAAUCUGUUUUCCAUCACAAGGGCGUCCUAGCCUUAUCAUCUUCCCUUGGGAUUACAAGAAUUUAAUCUGUCACCAAUUAUUUGUUAUGAAACAAGCUUACCGAGA